AAAGACCCGAGAUAUUGUUCGGUUCGACACUAUCCCUUCCCUCCCCUUCCCACUUCCCCGUCCGUCUCCCGUUCCACCGCGGCCUCACCGCGACGAGACUGUCGCCGCCGGAGCAGCAAACCCCGCCGCCAGGCCCGCCACACUCUCGCGUCCGCGCCGCGCACAGUCGAGGUUGAUCCGGCGAUGUUCGCGUGCCGCCCCCUGGUGUCCCCUCCGCUGCCGCGCCGCGUGGCCGUCGCGGUGCCCGUUCCGCGGCCGCCCUCGUCGGCGCUGCGCGUGGUGCGGUGCAUGGCGAAGGAGCGGCGGGUGCGGAUGGUGGCGAAGCAGAUCCAGCGGGAGCUCGCCGACAUGCUCACACGCGACCCGGUCCUCCAGCGCGCCGUCCUCCCCGAGGCCGCGCUCGGCGCCGACCGGUACCUCUCCUCGCUCACCACCAUCGCCGACGUCGAGCUCUCCAACGACCUCCAGGUGUGCAAGGUGUAUGUCUCCGUGUUUGGGGACGAGAGGGGGAAGAAGGUGGCCAUUGCCGGGCUCAAGGCUAAAACUAAGUAUGUCAGGAGCCAAAUAGGCAAGCGAAUGAAGCUGCGCCUCACGCCCGAGAUACGCUUCAUCGAGGAUGAGUCCAUGGAGCGGGGAAGCAGGAUUCUUGCUAUCUUGGACAAACUAAAGGAGGAAAGGGAGCAAGAAGAAGGAAAUGAAGAAGAAGAAAAUGGAGAAGGUGCAAAUCUAUCAGAAGACGAAGAUGGUGACUGGGAUGCAGAUGAGCCAGAUGAGGAGGACAUCAUAUAUGUAAAAUAGCUUGCCUUCUUACCUGCCAUGCUUCGCCAACCCCAGAACAUAGCAGUUAUCUUAGACUUUAGUCCUACAAAGAUGAGAACUAUCUGCUCUCCAAAUGUUUGGAAGUACCUCAACACUUGAAGAGCUUUGACAUCUCUGUUGCCAAUUACAAGCAGAUCAUAUCUUUUUUUGCAUGGCUGGUCAAAGCUGAACCUAUUUUGGUGUGGAGUUCUGAGGGAAGAUUUUCCUUUUUUCUGUCCAGGAGACUGUGGUAUCUGAUCAUUUGUGAAAGACACUGCAACUGAUGUUCAUCCUUGUCAUAUGCUGACUAGCACCUGCUAUAUGUCUACUUACCUUGCUGAAUUUCAAUUCUGAUUUUCUGUUUGGUUUGGGAAUGGUUGUACACCUUUCAGUGAAUUAUUAUGUCGUACAGCAGUACCUUUAGUUCAGUACUAUGUAAUGAUAAAGUCUCAUUUCUGAUUUACAACUUUCAAACUAUAUGCUUGCCAUUGUGAAAUUGUAAGAGCUGGUAAUGGCUCAUCUGGCAAAACAAUCAGCUGAAGAAACAGCUGCUAAACAAGAUGAGGUGCCUACUAUACAUAUGUAACUCAACUGGGCUUGUAAUUAUUUCAUUAUCAGAAUAUCAUAUGAUGUUCA